CAGAAAGUUUACCAGGAAUAUGUUAAUUCACUUUUUGAGGCAAUCUUCAGCCCAUCUGCCCAAAAGCAUCAUUUGCUAUGCGGCGUUAAAUUUAUCUUUGACAUUUUGGACAGUGAGGCUUCUGCACGUGAUAUUAGUGUCAAUGAUUUGAAAAUAUGGAAAAACAACAGCUUUGCUGAGAUGUUUUGUGUUCGAAUCCUCACCCACCCUGCCUUCGUAUGUGAUAUCCAGCAAACGCCACCUAUUGGCGUCACUAUGGAUGUCAUUUCAAAGGUGUUUCAAGACUCUUGGUCGACGGAGCUCUUUAGUUUCAACAAGAAUUCUUUCAGUCAUCGGCAAAUGUUUGUGAAUGAGAUUCCUCGGUAUCGCCAAGUUGUCUCAAGUUUCUAUAGCGACAUAAAAAGUGUCACGCCUUGCAAUCGCGAAGAUGUCAUCAACGAAAUUCAACCACUUCUGGAUGUAAAUAGACAUUUAGUUACCACUACUAAUGCAAUUAAACUUUUACAUAAUAUAUUAGUAUAGCAAAUUAAUUUUGCUUUUUUAAAAUACCUUGUCAUUAAUGACCAAUGUCCAGAAAUUUUCACUUUUAAACACAAGUAUGGUAGAAAUAAGCAUGUAAAUAUUCCGGGUUUGUGAACAUUCCAUGAAUUUGUUAACAUAUUCCUCGUGAUGUUUGUGAUAAAGUUUUGUACAAUUUUGGAGGGCUUAGAAGAGAUUUAAAACGCUGGGGCGUAUACAGAGUUGGAGUGGGGGUGGGAAGUGCAGACAGUGCGAUCGCAGCCCCCUUAUAUGUAUUAAGAGAACUAUUGUUGUAUUGUAUUAUUGAUAUGAAUUACCGGUAAGAUUUUAAAGGUAUGAGAGUGCAAUUUCCGGACACCUAAAUAUUCAUAUUCUCAAAAUGUUCGC